CACACACGCCGCUAUAUUGUACACAUCUCUAAUUUUGCAUGAAUAUUUUGUAAUAGUUAUUAGUAAAAACUAAACUAAAACAAUGGUUAUUGGCGUCUUCCCGGCGGCCAAGCUCGGCGUCUUGGCCAUUAAGCAGAUUAGCAAGCCGAUUGCAAAUGUGAUAAAGUCGAACGCCAAGUCUAGUCCUUUUUUCAGGAAGUAUAUCUGCAUGCCACCGGCGCAAUUCUACAAUUGGGUGGAGGUCAAGACCAAGAUGUGGGCGUUGAACAUGGGAGGACGGGUGAAUGUUCCUCCGUUGAACGAGGCGAUGGCUAUUGAGUUGGGUGCCAAUCUGCUGGGCGAGUUCAUAAUUUUUUCGAUCGGAGCCGGUCUGCUGAUCUUCGAGUACUCACGUCAAACCAUUAAGGAGAACAAGAAGAACGAAAUGGCGCAAGCUGAGAAAAUGGAGCUCACAAACACUCUGACGGAGAUGAGUUUCCGCUUGGAGCGACAGGAUGCUCAGAUCCGCGAAAUGACCCGAGUGCUGGCUGAUCUAGAUUCGCGUAACAUCUUCCGCUGGCACAAGGAGCCUAUUCAAGAGUACGUGCCCUUCGAUCCCAACACGCCGGAUCAGAGCGCCAAUUCUAGGAACCCCAAAACUGUGGAUAGCUUAUAUGAUCCGCUUGGCGGAAUGGCGUUCCGCGCCCUGCACUUCCUGGACACGCAAAUCUUCAUAGAUGGUCGCGACCGGAAGGGCAAAGAGGCACUUAGGCAUCUAGAUGAGGUUGCCGAGCAACUAGAGCAAUCUUUGGCUGAAGCAGCCACCGUCACUGUCGCCAGCCCACUGCCAACGAAAGCAGAGCUUUGACCCAAUCGCCGGCUGGAGCAGGAUGUGGCGCUGCUCAUGAUGGCAGUGGCUAUGGAGGAACAGUGAGGCUGCCCGCUUGUACACAUUCACCCUGCAGACCAUUCAUCAGUGCUAGUUAUGAUCAAAUCGCGUGUUACCAUUUCGUACUUUAAGUAUAAAACGUCAAUAGUUUUAUAUAACUAUUGUACGUUUGUAGUUAUAUAUUUAUUAAUUUUUAUUGUUACCGCAGACAACAAACUAAGAAGAUAUGAAAAACAGUGUA